UCCUCUUUAAUGCCCGCAUUCACUCCUUUUCGCUGGCCGCUGCACACCCCUCAUUCACUCCUUAAUUUCUACCUCUCUCUCUCUCUCUCUCUCUCUCUCUCUCUCUCUCUCCUCCUCCACCACCCCCCAGCGGCACUGCGCCCCUCGAUCAUCUCCUCUUAUAUAUAAGUCUCCAGUACACAGCGCUCGAUCUACUCCCCCACCUCUCUCUGCUCCGCAUUUCCUCGAACAGCUAGCUCAUAUAUAUAUAUAUAUAUAUAUAUAUAUAUAUAAUGGACGCGAGCGACCUCCUCUUCCUCGUCGGCGCGGCGCUCCUCGCGGCGCUGUGGUGGCGGCGGUGCUGCUCCCGUGCUGGGGGCGACGCGGGCGACGGGCUGCCCCCGGGGCCUCCCGGGUGGCCCGUGGUGGGGAACCUGUUCCAGGUGGUCCUGGAGCGGCGGCCCUUCAUGUACGUGGUCCGCGACCUCCGCGCCCGCUACGGGCCCAUCUUCACGCUGCGCAUGGGGCAGCGCACCCUGGUGGUGGUGUCCUCGGCGGAGCUCAUCCACGACGCCCUCGUCCGCAAGGGCCCGCUCUUCGCCUCCCGCCCCGCCGACUCCCCCACGCGCCUCCUCUUCAGCGUGGGCAAGUGCACCGUCAACUCCGCCCCCUACGGGCCCCUCUGGCGCGCCCUCCGCCGCAACUUCGUCGCGGAGAUCGUGUCCCCGGCCCGCGUCCGCAGCUUCGGGUGGAUCCGCGACUGGGCCAUCGCCGCCCACCUCGCGCGCCUCCGCGAGCAGCAGUCCCGCCUGGGCGCCGCGCAAGUGAUGGGCGCGUGCCGCCUGACCGUCUGCAGCAUCCUGGCCUGCAUCUGCUUCGGGGCCCGGGUCCCCGAGCCCCACGUCCGCGAGAUCGAGGAGGUGCUCAAGGACGUCAUGAUGAUGACCACCCCCAAGCUCCCGGACUUCCUCCCCGUCCUCACCCCGCUCUUCCGCGGCCAGCUCACCGCCGCGCGCGCCCUCAGGCGACGCCAGCUCGACUGCCUGCUCCCGCUGGUGCGGGCGCGCAGGGCGUUCGUCGGCGACGAGAACCGGCAGACGGAGACAAACUGGGAGAUGGAGAUGGUGAGCCCGGCCGGGGAUGCGUACGUCGACUCGCUGUUCGGGCUGGAGCCGGCCGGGCGGGGGCGGCUCGGGGAGGAGGAGCUGGUGACGCUGUGCUCGGAGGUGAUGAGCGCGGGGACGGACACGAGCGCGACGGCGCUCGAGUGGGCGCUGCUGCACCUCGUGCUGGACCCGGCGGCGCAGGAGCGGCUGCACGCCGAGGUGGUAGCGAAGGCGGGGCCCAAGAGCAAGGGCGGCAAGAUCACGGAGGCCCACGUCGAGGACAUGCCCUACCUGCAGGCCGUCGUCAAGGAGACGCUGCGCCGCCACCCGCCCAGCCACUUCGUCCUCUCCCACGCCGUCUCCAAGGACGAGGCCGAGCUCGGCGGGUACCGGAUCCCUGCUAAUGCGAGCGUCGAGUUCUACACGGCGUGGGUGGCGGAGGACCCGAGCGUGUGGACGGAGCCCGGGGAGUGGCGGCCGGAGCGGUUCCUGGAAGGAGGGGAAGGGUGGGACACGGACGUCACGGGGACGCGCGGCGUGCGGAUGAUGCCGUUCGGGGCCGGGCGCCGGAUCUGCCCCGCCGCCACCCUCGGCAUGCUGCACGUCCAUCUCAUGCUCGCCAACAUGGUGCGCGAGUUCCGCUGGACGCCCGCGCCCGGCGACCAACCCGACCCCACCGAGACCUUCGCCUUCACCGUCGUCAUGAAGAACCCCCUCAGAGCCGCCAUUAUCGAGAGGGAGCACGACAACUGCACCACGGCCAUAUGAUCAUCCAUCCAUCCAUCCAUCCAUCCAUCCAAUAUCAUUAUUCAUUCCAAUGUUUGUUACCUUAAACG